AUGCAUCAGAUCUGGCUCUCUCUGCUGUCCGGCCUCUGCCUCCACCUGGUUUUAUUUUGCUGUGCAGAGGAAGGUCUGGAGUUCCCCAAUUUCGACGGCAGGGACCGGGUGCUGGACGUCAACGAGCGCAACUACAAGAAGGCUCUGAAGAGAUACGACCUUCUGUGCCUGUUCUACCACGAGCCGCUGCCCGCCAGCAAGGGCCUGCAGAAGAGGUUCCAGAUGACGGAGCUGGUGCUGGAGCUCACAGCUCAGGUCCUGGAGAACAGAGACAUCGGUUUUGGGAUGGUGGACUCCCAGAAGGAUGCCAAAGUAGCCAAAAAACUGGGUCUGGAGGAGGUGGGCAGCUUGUACGUCUUCAAGGACGACCGUGUCAUCGAGUUUGAUGGGGAGCUCUCAGCGGACACUCUAGUGGAGUUCCUGUUGGAUGUGCUGGAGGACCCAGUGGAAAUGCUCAACAACGCCAUGGAGCUGCGUGCCUUCGAGAGGAUGGAGGAGGACAUCCGCCUCAUUGGCUACUUCAAGGGAGAAGAUUCAUAUUACAAAGCUUUUCAGGAGGCCUCAGAGCGUUUUCAACCCUACAUCAAGUUCUUUGCUACAUUUGAUAAAUCUGUAGCCAAACAUCUCUCCCUCAAGAUGAACGAGGUGAAUUUUUACGAGCCGUUCAUGGAGGAGCCGGCCAUCCUGCCCGGCAGACCUCUGUCGGAGAUGGACAUCGUCGAGUUCGUCAACCAGCACAGAAGGGCUACUCUGAGGAAGCUCCGGGCAGAGAAUAUGUUUGAAACAUGGGAGGACGACAUGGACGGAAUACAUAUUGUGGCGUUUGCCGAGGAGGAAGAUCCAGAUGGUUAUGAGUUCCUGGAGAUCCUUAAAGACGUGGCGAGAGACAACACCAACAACCCAGAGCUCAGCAUCGUCUGGAUCGACCCUGAUGACUUCCCUCUGCUGACAACUUACUGGGAGAAAACCUUCAAGCUGGACCUGUUUAGACCUCAGAUUGGUGUGGUCAACGUCACAGAUGCGGACAGCGUCUGGCUGGACAUGUCCAACGACGAAGACCUGCCCACCCCCGAGGAGCUGGAGGACUGGAUAGAGGACGUCCUGUCGGGGAGGGUGAACACGGAGGACGACGACGAGUCCGCCGAUGACCGGGAAGACCACGAGAGCUACGUCCCAGAGGACAGCUACGAGAGUCACGACCCAGAUGAGGAAGCUGACGGUGACGACUAA